AGAAGCUGUCUGGCCAUGGCAGGGGGACAGCUUUUUGGGUGACCUCUAUUGGCAAUGAGGUUGGCCAAGUCCUUAACAGUGUCCUGACGGUGCAGGAGGGGCCAGGACUGGACAGGAUGGUGUCUGGCAUCAUGGAGCGGUACCGCCAAGCAGCUGUUCCACCCCCAGUCCUGCUAUACGUGGACUGUGGCUGCUGCGUGACUCAGGGGGCUAGCAAGCUGCAGACCAGGUUUGCGGAGUGGCCAGAGCUCCACAUACGGUUGGAUAUCUGGCACUUUAUGAGGAGGCUGGCUGUUGGCUGCACCACCGACGCUCAUGUACUCUACCCCACAUUCAUGGGUGGCUUGUCUGCAAGCAUCUUUGAGUGAGAUGCGGGGGACCUCGCUCUGUUGAGGCAUAUGAAGAGGGAGGAGCUCAGUCGGGAGGGUGUGCCAGACCUCACUGAUCUCCUGGUGGACAGGAGAAUCAGUAAUAAGGAGCUCAGCCAGUUCUGCCGCAGGAGGACACGCAGCGUGGAGGACACCAUCAGCUGUAUUGAGCGGCUGCUGCGGGAACUGGGGGGGCCAGGUGGGAGAGACCUCAUGGGUGUGCCCCUGAUAGACAAGGUGCGCAUGGAGCACAUCUGGCGUGUGCAGAAACACCACGUCAGGUGCAUCCAGGACUUGCCAGGUGUACGGCUGUACACUGAGGUAGGCACCGCCACCAAGGCAGGCGUCGUCCUGACCAGGUACCGCUGUGCCAGAGGGUCCACAUCCCUGGAAUCUUUUCACCUCCACCUGAACAGGUUCAUUCCAGGAACCAGUGCAAAUGCACUGAAUUUCCAGCUAUACCUCCUGGAUGGCCUGAACAGGUGGAACCAGGAUCGGGGCAAUGCAGCAGUGACCACCAAGCCGUCAUCAUUCAUGACAUACUCCGGGGAUUUGGUCCAAUGUGUCAACACAAACUGCCUGAAGGUGACUGGCCGGCCAUUUCUGCCAAGCUUCAGGCCACCUUCCAAAUACACUGGAGAGCUGCUAGGUGUUGACUACCUGCUGAGUCAGACAGGACAGCCCCUGAGGAUGGACCCUGACUCAGAGGAGACAGAGAACUUGCUGGAGGAUGUGCAGGAGGAUGAGGGCGAGGAGGAAGACGAGGGCAUUGAGGAAGACCAAACCCCUGAUGAUACUGUCAUGAACAUAAGUAACCUCAAUCUCUCCUUGAGUCUCCUCGAUGACUCAAACUUAUCCAUUUCCUCCCAGCCUUGUCCCGGCCUUGUUCCUUCCUCCUCCCAGCCUGCUUCCUCUUCCCUGGCUGCUGCAUCCUUCCAACCUGCUUCCUCUUCUCUGGCUGCUGCAUCCUUCCAACCUGCUUCCUCUUCCCUGGCUGCUGCAUCCUUCCAGCCUGCUGCAUCCUUCCAACCUGCUUCCUCUUCCCUGGCUGCUGCAUCCUUCCAGCCUGCUUCCUCUUCCCUGGCUGCUGCAUCCUUCCAGCCUGCUUCCUCUUCCCUGGCUGCUGCAUCCUUCCAGCCUGCUGCCUCCUUCCAGCCUGCUGCCUACUUCCAGCCUGCUUCCUCUUCCCUGGCUGCUGCAUCCUUCCAGCCUGCUUCCUCUUCCCUGGCUGCUGCAUCCUUCCAGCCUGCUGCAUCCUUCCAACCUGCUUCCUCUUCCCUGGCUGCUGCAUCCUUCCAGCCUGCUGCCACCUUCCUGGCUGCUCCAACUAUGCUGCAGCCAGGUGUCCCAGCCUCUCCUGAUGAGUCUGGGGUAUGUUAAUCGAUGAUUAUGUGUAAAG